CUGAGCCCUCGCGUAAUUUGCACGAACCCACAACAGGGCAAAUUCAACCUCCGACACAUUCUAACCUCCCCGACCAACCAAUUCCAACCCUCGAGCUCAACGCCCUCUCCUUCCUUCAAGAUGGACUCCAGCAAGCAGCCCGUUAAGCUCGUCAAGGUGACCCGUGUCCUCGGCCGCACCGGAUCCCGUGGUGGUGUCACCCAGGUCCGCGUCGAGUUCAUGGACGACACCUCCCGUUCCAUCAUCCGUAACGUCAAGGGCCCAGUCCGCGUUGACGACAUCCUCUGCCUGCUCGAGUCCGAGCGCGAGGCCCGCCGUCUCCGUUAAAAAUCCACCAAAACGAAAUUUCGCUCGCGUCGUCUAUUUUGUCUCUCGUCUUCUCUCGCAUAUCCCUCACGACCGGUUGCUUAUGAU